UUCGCUCAGAUCGCGAGCGCGUAGUGACUGCUUCCGCCUGUUGUGUAGGUAUGGUGCCCGCGAGGAAGCGAAGAGGCGGCGGGAACCCGGGUCCGGGUCUCGCUCUGUGCUGACUGCCCCCUGGGCCGAGUGGGCUAUGGGGGACCCCGGCUCCUUGGUCACGGGAGACCGCCCCGGUGGUCGGAGCUGGUGCUUGCGGCGCGUGGGGAUGAGCGCCGGGUGGCUGCUGCUGGAGGAUGGAAACGAGGUGACUGUAGGGCGAGGAUUUGGUGUCACAUACCAGUUGGUAUCAAAAAUCUGCCCUCUGAUGAUUUCCCGAAACCACUGUGUUUUGAAGCAGAAUGCCGAGGGCCAGUGGACGAUUAUGGACAACAAGAGUCUGAAUGGUGUUUGGCUGAACAGAGAACGUCUAGAGCCUUUAAAGGUCUAUUCUAUCCGUAAGGGAGACCACAUCCAGCUUGGGGUGCCUCUGGAAAAUAAGGAGAAUGCAGAGUAUGAAUAUGAAGUUACCGAAGAAGACUGGGAGAGGAUUUAUCCUUGUCUUUCCCCAAAGAAUGACCAGAUGAUGGAAAAAAAUAAGGGCUUGAGAACUAAAAGGAAAUUUAGUUUGGAUGAAUUAGAGGGUUCUGGAUCUGAAGGCCCCUCGAAUUUGAAAUCCAAAAUGAGUAAAGUGUCUUGUGAACCUGGUCAACCAGUAAAGUCACAUGGGAAAGGUGAAGUGGUUAGUCAGCCUCCUGAAUUCUUGGAUCCUAAGUUGACUUCUCUUGAGCUAAGGGGGAAAACCAUGGGGGCUCGUGUUUACCCAGACCCCACAAAAGUUGUAGAGCUUCAUCAUAAGAAGCAAAAAGCCUCAACCCCUUCAGCAUCUCAGAGUAGCUUAGAGCUGUUUAGGGCAACCAUGUCCAGGAUUCUAAAGUUGAAAACACAGAUGCAAGAGAAACAGGUAGCUGUUCUGAAUGUGAAAAAGCAAACCCGAAAAGGGAACUCAAAGAACAUUGUGAAAAUGGAGCAGGAACUGCAGGAUUUACAGACUCAGCUGUGUGCAGAGCAGGCCCAACAGCAGGCCAGAGUGGAGCAGCUGGAGAAGACUUUCCAGGAAGAGCAGCAGCAUCUCCAGGGUUUGGAGAAAGAGCAAGGAGAAGAGGACCUGAAGCAACAGCUGGCCCAGGCUCUGCAGGAGCAUCGGGCUCUAAUGCAAGAGCUAGAUCGCAGCAGGAAGGACUUCGAAGCAAUCAUCCAGGCCAAGAACAAAGAAUUGGAGCAGACUAAGGAGGAGAAGGAGAAGGUGCAAGCACAGAAGGAGGAAGUUCUUAGCCACAUGAAUGACGUGCUAGAGAACGAGCUCCAGUGUAUUAUUUGCUCAGAGUACUUCAUUGAGGCUGUCACCUUGAACUGUGCCCAUAGCUUCUGCUCCUACUGUAUCAAUGAAUGGAUGAAGCGGAAGGUAGAAUGCCCCAUUUGUCGGAAGGACAUCAAGUCUAAAACCCACUCCCUGGUUCUGGACAAUUGCAUUAAUAAAAUGGUAGAUAAUCUGAGCUCAGAAGUUAAAGAACGACGAAUUGUCCUCAUCAGGGAACGAAAAGCAAAGAGACUGUCCUGAAGACCAUGCUCCAGGGGCACAUGAAAGACUGCCAGGCGAUGGGAGCUUGGGAUGGUGUGGAAGAUUCUCUCUGGACAGGUCUUCGGCCGCUCUGAGACAGAGUGCGGGAUAGAGCCACGUGGGACAGAGACUGAGUUAAGAAGUUCUCCGUCACGAGCCUCCGUGCUGGCCAGCCCUGCUGCCACCAUUGUCUGAGCACCCCCGGUACUCACCACACCGACUGCUUCAGGGAACUUAGGAGACUCUGCUUCACUACAUGUUGAAUGGGUUAUAUAUUUCUGUUCUGCUUUUUAAAUUUGUUGUUGUUGUUGUUGUUGUUUUGGUACCUCAGAAGCACCUCUGUUAACAUUUGUUUUGGGCAGGUUGGGUAUCCCUGGUUGCCCUCAGAGGCGAAGGCAGCCUCUACUUGAGAGGAUGGCAUACCUCUUCUUUGUGAAAAUAAGGUGUCAUUUCCUGGAAAUAAAAUGUAAAACCUA